CCCCCCUCCCAGCCUGUCGUGCUUUAACGGUGAAGAACACAAACGGUACCGGAGCGGAUUUAACGGGACCGGAUGGUGCACGCGCUCAGCCCGCUGUGUGUGUAUAUGUGUGUGUGACUGUGGGGACAGAGGAAUGUGGAGUUUACAGAAUGCACGUCAGCGCCGGACAAAGAUUUAAACCCACCAAAUAUAUCCCAGUGUGCACCGCGGCCGCUCUGUUGGUGGGCUCCUCUACACUGUUCUUCGUGUUCACGUGUCCAUGGUUGGCGAGUGUUGUGUCUCCCGCGGUUCCUGUUUACAAUGGUGUGGUGUUCCUCUUUGUUCUGGCUAAUUUCAGCAUGGCCACCUUCAUGGACCCGGGUGUGUUCCCCCGAGCGACUGAGGAUGAGGAUAAAGAUGAUGAUUUUCGAGCUCCACUCUAUAAGAACAUGGAAGUGAAGGGAAUUCAGGUGCGGAUGAAAUGGUGCUCCACCUGCCACUUCUACAGACCACCACGCUGUUCACACUGCAGUGUGUGUGACAACUGUGUGGAGGACUUUGACCAUCACUGUCCUUGGGUGAAUAACUGCAUCGGUCGGAGGAAUUACAGAUAUUUUUUCCUCUUCCUGCUGUCUCUGAGCUCCCACAUGGUGGGUGUGUUCUCAUUCGGUCUGCUGUUUGUCCUCAACCACUUGGAGCGUCUCAGGGAGCUGCACACUACCAUCACUAUGAUAGUGAUGUGUGUUUCUGGUCUGUUCUUCAUCCCCGUUAUGGGACUCACCGGGUUUCACUUAGUGCUGGUGGCCAGAGGGCGCACUACUAACGAACAGGUAACAGGGAAGUUUCGGGGAGGUGUGAACCCUUUUACGCGCGGUUGCUGUGGCAACGUGAAACAUGUUCUGUGCAGUCCUCUAGCUCCGAGGUAUAUAGUAGACCCCAGGAAGAAGCCAAACAUCCAGAUAAACCCCCCGUUCCUGCGCCCCGUUCUGUCUGACCGUAACGUGGUUGUUAAAGUGAGUGAUAACGGAGUUCACACUAACAUCCUGAGAUCAAAGUCAAAAAACAGUCUGGAUGGUUUGGGGGAGAAAAAUGCAGAUAUUCAGCCUCCUCUUCCUCCAAAAGCUGAGCGUCAUCAUCUUCAUCAUCUUCAUCAUCAUCCUCAGCAGCAAUUCCAGAGUCAGCUGACAUCCAGUGAAGAAAGUUCCCUGUCCAGUAAAGCCACCACUCCGUCCACUCCGGCUAUGUACAAAUUCAGACCAUCGUUCGGGACGAUGCCCAAAGUGCACUUCAACGCUGCGGGAGAGAAGAUCUCGAUGUCUGAAGACUCAAAAUCGUCGGCCAUCUUGGAAGAGCGAGCUCACGACUAUCGCUCCGAGCCCAAUCUGGAUUUCCCGGAUUACGGUGGUGCUGACGUCCCUCCCCUCCAUCGCCACUUCCUGUCGUCUCCGUUCCAGCUGGACUCGUACAGCCUUAAACAUGCCGGCCGCAGAGAGGAACCCAUGAAGAUAGGGGGCGUCAAGCCUGACUCGGUCACGUCCACACCUCACAGGGGCGUGUUUUCCUCUGGGACGAUGUCCAGUCGCAACGCCAGUCUGUCCUACGACAGCUUAUUAACACCCAGUGCAGCCAUGGCUCCCCCUGUGCCCUUCCAUUCGCCCUUCCUGCCCGCGAAAACCUGCCAUGUUCGUCGUCCUGAAUUGCAGCAUCAGCAUUUCCCCUCCUCCCCUUACAGCCCCACCCGGGUGGGGUAUCUGUACAGUCGGGAGCGAGAGAGAGAGCGAGACGCUGAGAGGGAGCGAGACAGGGAUUCGUCUCCUGUCCGCUAUGAUAACCUGUCCAAAACCAUCAUGGCGUCCAUCCAGGAGAGGAAGGAGCUGGAGGAGAGAGCGAGGCUCCUCCUGCGUCAUGGCCACACUCACAGCCACGUCCACAUUUACGCCAACGAUUCAGGCGUCUUUGAUGGACAUUUUCCUGCCUCCAGAGGGUCUCGUGACGAGCUCUCCAGGGUCGGGGUGAUGUCCUUCAGCCCUCGUGCUCUCCGCUCCUCUGCAUUGUCACUGGCACAAGCUCACAGAAGGUCCACUUCCUCUCUACACAACGAGAUGGGAAACGGAGGGGGUGUCCCUCAUCGCUCGCCGUCCCAUCAGCCCCCUCUCUCUCCAUCACCUUCUCCUCGUUCUCCUUCCUUUUCUCAUCACAAACUGUCCUUCAUCAGUGCAGUGGAGAGAGCUGAAUCACCUCACCUGAGCCACAGGGAGGAACUGAAUCGAGGGAAAGUUAACGGACAGCCUAAAGGGCAGAUGCGAGACUGCCACCUGGUGUCAGCCUCCGGAACGCCGCUCAGCCCGAGCGUCAAAAAGGUGACCGGAGUGGGCGGGACUACGUACGAGAUAUCGGUGUGACGGACACCUGGAAUAGUCAAACCAUACAUGAGGAAUACUGCCAUGGCAACCGACACUACCACCAGUGACAGAGCCUCUAUUUCAAGGCACUGUAGCUAACCAAUCAGAGCCUUUUUUCACAGGGGCUGACAGCCAAUCACAGCUGGUCUUUCACUGUUCUGUUCUGGUCCAAUCAGAGGAGGAGGCGGUCCCUCAACGUCUGGGUGUUUCUGGUUGGUGAUUGCAGCAUCUUGAGGCCAAGACAUUACUGUGUGUGUGUGUGUGUGUGUGUGUGUGUGUGUGUGUUUAAAUUCAUGAGUUUUUAUGUAUCUCUUUAUUCCAGAAAAAUGGUUUAUGGUUUAAAUAGCUACAAAGAUUAACAACCCCUUCUGAAAAGGGCUGAAGUGUCCGUUAACUGUAAUAUCUAAUUAAAAGGUGCUCUGUGUGUGUCUGUGGGGGUGUCUGUGGGGGUGUCUGUGGGGGUGUCUGUGUGUGUGUGGGUGUGUGUGUGUGUGUGUUGUAGGCCAUCACCUUCCAGUAUCAUCACCACCACCAUUUACACCCUGGAUCAGAGUUAGCGUUAGCAUUCAGUCUGUUUUUAUUCUAACUGAAUUUUCACAAAUCAAAAAAUUUUAAUUCAUAAAUCAAAAAAUUAAAAGUAAAUAAAUAAAAUAAAAGCUAAGAAAUUUAUUCUUAAAUUAAAGUGCAUUAAUAGCCAUGACUGUGCUAAAAACACUCAUGAACCUGUCACACACCUCAGAUCUCCAUGUUAGCGCUCUGGCUAGCCGAUGGUGGCCAUGUUGCUCCUCCGUCUCUGUAAAAUAAACACUAACGAUCCUGCUGAAAAUUAUUGGCACCCUAUAGAAAAUCAAUUCAUUUAUAUAUAUUUAUAUAGUUUUAUUAUACAUGUUUCAUUUUUGAUGUUCAUGCAGUUUAUAUAUAUUUAAAUAAAUUAUUGAGGCUGCUGAACUUCAUCAGGAGGGUUUUUCAGGAAGGGGGCCAAUAGUUUUUUCCCACAUAUGAAACACAUAGAAUUAUAUGUUAAAGUUUCCUUGUGUGUGUGUGUGUGUGUGUGUGUGUGUGUGUGUGUGUAAAUCUGAUGUUAGCUUGUUGCAUGUAUCAUGUUAGUUGAUUAAUUCUGCCUGUGAGCUCGAUGUGAAAUAAUGAGAAAAAAAAUUAUUCUGUCAUGUAACUUAAAUCAGUGUUAAUCGAUCACUGCACACACUCUAGGGCUCUAAUAUGGAGAUCUCUGGUUACUGCAUGACAUCAGACACGGUUGUUCUCCCUGUUCAAAAAUGUACAAAAAGUUAAAUAGAGUCAGGACUAAUGAUGCGGCUAAUGAGGCUUUAUUAACACAGUGAUGUGUUUAUACAUUAACACAGCAGAGUAAACAUACACAUUAACAUUCAACUUACAUUUUACCCUGAUUAACCCCACCUGUCACCCUGACCCCACCCGGACCCCUCACCCCACCCCCACCCGUCACUAUUAGAUCUUUUUAAUCUAACACAUUAACUGCAGUAUAAAUUCCCCAUUUUCUGCUUCUGUAGAUUCUGUGCUGCUGUUUAUUUUCUGUACCAUGUUAGCGACGCUUAACGCUAGCGCUAACACGAUCACUGUGUCACUGUGUACAUAAGCCGUGAAAUCCCGCAUCAUCUGUCACAACCUGUACAAUGGAAUAUUUUUUUAUUUCAAAAAUCUCUAUUUUGCCUAAACUCCAGAGACGUGACAUCACACCUGCUGUUAUCUAAAGGAUCUUUAUUCUCUUUAGUUUUUCUUUCAUUUCUUCUUCCCUUUUUCUCAGUAAAGUUCCACACCUGAGAUGAUUAACGCAGGUGUGUUGGUGUUUCUUAUUAAAACAUUUCACUAUUUAACCAUCGCACUUGACACUGUAUUAAAAUGAAUUAAAAUAACUUUCAUACUUUACUUUUAUACCAUAAAUAUAAAUAAACCUCCAUGAUGGAAGAGUGACAUCAUCUACAUGAGUGAGUACAUGUGUGUGUCGGAUACAAACCUGGACGUUUUAUCACUUUAUAAGAUGUUGUGUGGAAUUGUUUUGCCUUUGACAGGCUGUCUGGAACAGCAAAGCAUUCUGGGAAGAAAAAAGUAAAUGAUGUGUGUAUAAUUAUAGACGAAGAAGAAUAAAAGAUUGUUGUGUUUAAAUACAGAUGUGUUCUGAAGAAAUAAAAAUAUUAUAGUUUGAUAA